ACCUGUAGGUACCUAGCCUGCUAAUUUCCAUUUUUCCCCUAGGCUCUCAGCUGUUAAGGCUGUUCCACACCGCCCCGCCAUGUGCUAUUUCCUAACAGGGCAGGAGCCUGAGGUCAAAUGCCAGGGGUCUCUUUUAACGCUUGGCCACUAUUUUUUAGGCAGCCAAGCACAAUACCUUUUAGGUCAGGUACAGGAUUCAGCCUUACCUCUCAAUCACCUGUUGAUGCCUAGGCACUUCUUCCUUUGCCCAAACACACACUUUUUUUUUUGUUACAUCUUAAACACAAAACAACUAUUUACGACCACAUCUCACCAAGUGGGAAUUCAGUUACCUUUUUACUCGACCCCUUCUUAUCCAUCCAGUGGAAAAAAUGGGUAAGCCAGAUCAAAAAAAGACUGACGAUGCCGUCUCGUUACAUACCAAUCCCGGCGAGAGUUCCAGAGCGGCCUACAUCGACGACGAUGUUCUCGACAUUCCCCAAGUUGACAUUGAUGACCUGCCGCCGAAUUACUCAGAAAGUGAAUCAUUGCUCCCACCGCUCGAUGUUGAGACUGCUACCGCCGCUGGCGGCUUGCUCCUGAGUCGGAAGCCGUUCGUCGAAAACGCCACGACGUUUGAGGACCCUGACACGGGCGCCCAGUACUGGAUGGCUAAGAGUCUCGAAGACCCUGUCAAUCUUGAGAAACAUAUUCAAUACCUCGCCGCGAUACCCCCUCGACCCUACAUCAGGCUUGUUGGAACGCAUACCGAGACGACCAGAGACAGCAAGGGCAAGAUGGAGAAGAACACGAUUACCGACUUCGACGUUUCGGUAGAAUUGACGCCGUAUCUUUACUCUGAUGCGCAGUAUCAGCGCUCGUGGAGUUGUCUGCGGACCGUGGAGAACAGUGAGACGGCCCGUCGCGGCACCAUACUCAAGAAGCGCGCCCCCGGCUCGAACCAGAGCAUCGAGCUCGGUGGCACCCCGCAACCUACGUUGCAGGAGUGGUGCCAUCGGUACUCUGCUAGCCACGCAGGCUUAAAGGUCUUUACGCUACAACGAAGGAUAUGCGGCUUUGACGCGGAGGGCGUCAAGACGAAGCUGAGAGAGCUGGUAUACAGCACAAAUUACCGUGGCCAUCUUAACGUACAGCUCGUGGUGAAAGAUUCCUUGAUCGAGUGCUACAACGAAUCGUGGAUAAACAAGUGGCGUCUGACGAAGUGGAUACGGAUGCUGUUUAUGGUCACCCUCCUGUUCAUCUUUACCUGGCCGUACUUGUGGCUGCGGACUAAGAGGUGGGAGGUUGCCAUCUCCGACUGGCAUUUCUCGAGGAUCCUCGAUAAUGGCACCAAGGAGUACGUGAGCGUCAGCGAGGAUCAGUGGUUCAACAUGUGGGGUCGGGCUAUACAUAAGGCGGUACUGCGGAAGCGGCAGGGACUCUUGGACCAGAACGACCUGGCACGAGCCCAAGAGCCCGAGCCGGCUUUCGAUUCCGGGAACGUGGCGGUUAACGGGGCAGUGAAUCUGUUUAGGGCGGGUAUCAGCGCCAUGGACGAGGUGAACCGCCAGUUGGGAUGGGGAGGAGACUGCUAGAACCGUCCUCUUGAAGCACGUCAUGAUCGUCGUCGUUGUCGGAGUUGUUCGUGGGGUUUCUUUAUUUAUGGGAGCGUCAUUUUGGGAUUCGGAUUUAUAUUAAGUUAUGCAGAUUUAUGGGCCAAGGUUGUGAUUAUCUGUGUUCUUCUCGGAGCGAGAUGUGUGAGAAUAUUAGGAACAUGCUGAUGCUACUGAUGCUAUCAGGAUACGUAAGAAAUUCCGAGGACCAUUUUCCUAAAAUGGGAAUAAACGGGGCUUCUCUAUGUUGUCUAUCCCAGCUCGUACUGAGUUCUACCACUCAACUUUCUAUGAGAUGCACCGUAUUUGACUUUAUUUAGAUACUAUGUGUAUUGG